GGAGAGGGAGGGAGGGAGAGAGAGGGAGAGGGAGAGAGACGGAUAUCUCAGGUCAUCUGCAGCUGCAGCGAGUCUGAGGAGCCGAGGAAGGCAGGGAAGAUGGCGAUCCUCCAUUGCUGAGACCCGGCAGAAGCACAUGAGACUCCCAAACAACUUCCACAACAAUAACCCGAGCAGGAAGAGGAGAAAGAGAAAGAGGAUAAGGAGGCGGUGGGGCUGGAGAACCCGAAGCACCUCCCGGCGCCGGGACGCUUCUUCUGUUCCUAAUGUGAGAGGGUAGACCCAGAUCAUGGAGGUGCUUCAGUGUGAUGGCUGUGAUUUCAGAGCCCCGUCUUAUGAAGAUCUCAAGGCACACAUUCAGGAUGUCCACACGGCAUUUCUGCAGCCAACUGAUGUUGCUGAGGACAAUGUGAAUGAGCCACGAUGCGGGUCCAUGAAUGCCAGUAAUCAGACAGAGGUGGAGUUUUCUUCUAUAAAGGAUGAAUUUGCCAUUGCAGAAGAUUUAUCAGGUCAAAAUGCAACUGCAUUGGGGACCGGAGGUUACUAUGGCCACAGUCCAGGAUAUUAUGGUCAUCAUAUUGCCGCUAAUCCCAAACCAACAAACAAGUUUUUUCAAUGCAAGUUCUGCGUACGCUACUUCAGGUCAAAAAACCUCCUCAUAGAACACACUAGAAAGGUCCAUGGAGCUCAAGCUGAAGGGAGUUCAUCAGGACCCCCUGUCCCGGGAUCCUUAAAUUAUAAUAUCAUGAUGCACGAGGGAUUUGGAAAGGUCUUCUCUUGCCAGUUUUGCACAUACAAGUCACCAAGAAGGGCAAGAAUAAUUAAGCAUCAGAAGAUGUAUCACAAAAACAAUUUGAAGGAGACCACUGCUCCCCCACCUGCUCCUGCUCCAAUGCCAGACCCUGUGGUUCCGCCCAUAUCCCUGCAGGACCCCUGCAAGGAACUGCCAGCAGAGGUUGUGGAGCGCAGCAUCUUAGAGUCUAUGGUGAAGCCUUUGACCAAAUCUCGAGGCAACUUUUGUUGUGAGUGGUGCAGCUACCAGACCCCCCGCCGAGAACGCUGGUGUGACCACAUGAUGAAGAAACACCGCAGUAUGGUCAAGAUCCUUUCCAGUCUCAGACAGCAACAAGAAGGAACUAAUCUACCUGAUGUGCCGAACAAGAGUGCCCCCAGCCCCACUUCCAACUCCACCUAUCUGACCAUGAAUGCUGCAAGCCGGGAGAUACCCAAUACUACCGUCUCCAACUUCAGGGGCUCCAUGGGCAACUCCAUCAUGAGACCCAAUUCUUCUUCAGCUUCCAAGUUUUCGCCCAUGUCUUACCCUCAGAUGAAGCCGAAGUCACCUCACAAUUCUGGUCUAGUUAACUUGGCAGAGAGAUCCCGUUAUGGAAUGACUGACAUGACCAAUUCUUCUGCUGACCUGGAAACUAAUAGCAUGCUAAAUGACUCUAGUUCUGAUGAAGAGUUAAAUGAAAUAGACAGUGAGAAUGGUUUAAGUGCUAUGGAUCACCAGACAUCAGGCCUGUCUGCAGAGCAGCUGAUGGGCUCAGAUGGCAACAAAUUAUUGGAGACCAAGGGGAUUCCAUUUAGAAGAUUCAUGAAUAGGUUCCAGUGCCCCUUUUGUCCUUUCCUCACCAUGCAUCGACGUAGCAUCUCUCGUCACAUAGAAAACAUCCACUUAUCUGGAAAGACAGCUGUCUACAAAUGUGACGAAUGUCCGUUUACUUGCAAGAGCUCGUUGAAACUUGGGGCUCACAAACAGUGUCACACGGGUACAACGUCAGAUUGGGAUGCUGUGAAUUCCCAGAGUGAAAGCAUUUCAUCCUCACUGAAUGAAGGUGUGGUGUCUUAUGAGAGCUCAAGCAUCAAUGGUAGAAAGUCAGGAGUCAUGUUGGAUCCCUUGCAGCAGCAACAGCCACCGCAACCACCACCACCGCCACCACCACCACCACCAUCACAACCACAGCCACUGCAGCAGCCACAGCCACCACAGCUGCAGCCACCACAUCAGGUGCCAUCCCAGCCACAAACACAGCCACCACCAACGCAGCAGCCACAGCCACCCACACAAGCCGCACCUCUGCACCCAUACAAAUGCACCAUGUGUAAUUACUCCACCACAACUCUGAAAGGGCUAAGAGUCCAUCAGCAGCAUAAACAUUCAUUCUGUGACAACUUGCCAAAAUUCGAGGGGCAGCCCUCAAGCCUACCAUUGGAAAAUGAGACAGACAGCCACCCCUCUUCCAGCAACACUGUGAAGAAAAGUCAGACCUCAAUUCUUGGGUUGUCCUCCAAGAACAAUUUUGUAGCUAAGGCCUCUAGGAAGCUCGCCAAUGACUUUCCUCUAGAUUUGUCACCCGUGAAGAAGAGAACCAGGAUUGAUGAGAUAGCAAGCAACCUUCAGAGCAAAAUUAACCAAACCAAACAGCAGGAAGAUGCAGUGAUCAAUGUUGAGGAUGAUGAAGAGGAAGAGGAAGACAACGAAGUCGAGAUAGAGGUUGAGUUGGACAGGGAGGAAGAGCCGACAGAACCCAUCAUAGAGGUUCCUACUUCCUUUUCUGCCCAACAGAUAUGGGCAAGAGAUACCAGUGAGCCCCAGAAGGAGCCCAACUUCAGAAACAUCACCCAUGAUUACAAUGCCACCAAUGGGGCUGAGAUUGAGCUCACCCUUUCUGAAGAUGAAGAGGAUUAUUACGGCUCCUCAACAAACUUGAAAGAUCACCAAGUUUCCAAUACUGCUCUGCUGAAUACCCAAACUCCCAUCUAUGGGACCGAGCACAAUAAUGAAAACACAGACUUUGGUGACUCUGGAAGGCUUUACUAUUGUAAACACUGUGACUUUAACAACAAAUCUGCCCGGAGUGUUAGCACCCACUACCAACGAAUGCACCCGUACAUUAAAUUCAGCUUUAGGUACAUCUUGGACCCCAACGAUCACAGUGCAGUGUACAGGUGCCUGGAAUGCUACAUUGAUUACACCAACUUCGAAGAUCUCCAGCAGCAUUAUGGUGAACACCACCCAGAAGCCAUGAAUGUACUCAACUUCGAUCACUCGGACCUGAUCUACCGGUGUCGGUUUUGUUCAUACACGAGCCCGAAUGUUAGAAGCCUGAUGCCACAUUACCAAAGAAUGCAUCCCACGGUGAAGAUCAACAAUGCGAUGAUAUUUUCAAGCUAUGUCGUGGAGCAGCAGGAAGGGCUGAAUACGGAAUCCCAGACCCUGAGGGAGAUUCUGAAUUCAGCUCCCAAGAACAUGGCGACUUCCACGCCUGUGGCUCGUGGUGGUGGUUUGCCAGCUACGUUCAACAAAAACACUCCUUCCAAGACCUUUACUCCUGAAUGUGAAAAUCAGAAGGACCCUUUGGUCAACACUGUUGUUGUUUAUGAUUGUGAUGUUUGUUCGUUUGCAAGCCCCAACAUGCAUUCUGUCUUGGUUCAUUAUCAGAAGAAACACCCCGAAGAAAAGGCUUCCUACUUUAGGAUCCAGAAAACUAUGCGAAUGGUGUCUGUGGACAGGGGCUCUGCCCUUUCUCAAUUAUCAUUUGAGGUGGGUGCUCCAAUGUCUCCCAAAAUGUCCAACAUGGGUUCCCCACCCCCCCCACAACCCCCGCCACCAGACCUCAGUACUGAGCUUUACUACUGCAAACACUGUUCCUACAGCAAUCGGUCAGUUGUGGGAGUGCUUGUCCACUACCAGAAAAGACACCCAGAAAUAAAGGUUACUGCCAAAUAUAUCAGACAGGCUCCUCCCACAGCUGCAAUGAUGAGAGGGGUCGAAGGGCCCCAAGGCUCCCCCCGGCCACCCGCCCCCAUGCAACAGCUGAACCGAAGCAGUUCUGAGAGAGAUGGCCCUCCUGUGGAGAAUGAGAUGUUCUUUUGCCAGCACUGUGAUUAUGGGAACCGGACGGUCAAAGGGGUACUCAUUCAUUAUCAGAAGAAGCACCGGGACUUCAAGGCCAACGCAGAUGUGAUCCGGCAGCAUACAGCCACCAUUCGAAGCCUCUGCGACCGAAAUCAGAAGAAGCCUGCCAGCUGCGUGCUUGUCUCCGCCUCUAACCUGGAGCGGGACAAAACGAAACUCCGAGCACUCAAAUGUAGGCAGUGCUCAUAUACCUCCCCCUACUUCUAUGCACUGAGGAAGCACAUCAAGAAAGACCACCCUGCCCUAAAAGCCACAGUCACGUCCAUCAUGCGAUGGGCAUUUCUGGAUGGCUUGAUAGAAGCUGGCUACCACUGCGAGUGGUGCAUUUACUCCCAUACGGAGCCUAAUGGUUUGCUCCUGCAUUACCAACGGAGACAUCCAGAACACUAUGUUGAUUACACUUACAUGGCUACUAAACUGUGGGCUGGGCCAGACCCAUCCCCUCCCUCUCUCACAAUGCCAACCGAAGCCAAAACCUACAGAUGCAGGGACUGUGUUUUUGAAGCUGUCUCCAUCUGGGACAUCACUAAUCACUACCAAGCGUUCCACCCCUGGGCCAUGAAUGGUGAUGAGUCAGUGCUGCUGGACAUCAUCAAGGAGAAAGAUGCUGUGGAGAAGCCCAUUCUUUCAUCCGAAGAGUUGGCAGGCCCUGUGAAUUGUGAAAACAGUAUACCCACCCCUCUCCCGGAGCAGGAAGCUGAAUGUCCAGAGGAUGCAAGACUGUCCCCUGAGAAAAGCCUGCAGCUAGCUUCAGCCAACCCCGCCAUAUCCUCCACCCCAUACCAGUGCACAGUAUGCCAAUCUGAGUAUAACAACUUGCACGGUCUUCUCACCCAUUAUGGGAAGAAGCACCCUGGCAUGAAAGUGAAGGCUGCUGACUUUGCCCAGGACAUUGACAUCAACCCAGGUGCCGUCUACAAAUGCAGGCAUUGCCCAUACAUCAACACCCGCAUCCAUGGCGUCCUGACCCACUACCAGAAGCGACAUCCGUCCAUCAAGGUGACCGCUGAGGACUUUGUGCACGACGUAGAGCAGUCUGCUGACAUAUCCCAGAACGACGUGGAGGAGACAAGCAGGAUCUUCAAGCAAGGGUAUGGCGCCUACCGGUGCAAACUGUGUCCGUACACGCACGGCACUUUGGAGAAACUGAAAAUCCACUACGAGAAGUAUCACAAUCAGCCUGAAUUUGAUGUCUUUUCCCAGUCGCCCCCGAAGCUCCCAGUCCCCCUUGAGCCUGAGAUGACCACUGAAGUGAGCCCCUCCCAAAUCUCUAUCACUGAGGAGGAGGUGGGAGAGGAGCCCGUGUCCACUUCUCACUUCUCUACCUCCCACCUGGUCUCCCACACUGUGUUCCGGUGCCAGCUCUGCAAGUACUUCUGCUCCACGAGGAAGGGGAUCGCCAGGCACUACCGCAUCAAGCACAAUAAUGUCCGAGCCCAGCCGGAAGGCAAGAACAACCUCUUCAAGUGUGCCCUGUGUGCCUACACCAACCCCAUCCGCAAAGGUCUGGCAGCCCACUACCAGAAGCGCCACGACAUUGAUGCGUAUUACACUCACUGCCUGGCAGCCUCCAGGACCAUCAGCGACAAGCCCAACAAAGUGAUCAUCCCAUCCCCGCCCAAGGAUGACUCCCCUCAGCUGAGCGAGGAACUCCGGCGGGCAGUGGAGAAGAAAAAGUGCUCCUUGUGCUCUUUCCAGUCGUUCAGCAAGAAGGGCAUUGUGUCGCAUUACAUGAAACGCCACCCAGGGGUGUUCCCAAAGAAGCAGCACGCCAGCAAGUUGGGGGGCUACUUCACGGCCGUCUAUGCAGAUGAGCAUGAGAAGCCCACGCUGAUGGAAGAAGAGGAGAGAAGCAGCUUUGAGAAAGCCGAGGUGGAGGGUGAAGCUCAAGAAAUCGAGUGGCUCCCGUUCCGCUGCAUCAAAUGCUUCAAGCUGUCCUUUAGCACUGCAGAGCUGCUGUGCAUGCAUUACACUGACCACCAUAGUCGGGACCUAAAGAGGGACUUCAUCAUUCUGGGCAACGGCCCCCGCUUACAGAACUCCACCUACCAGUGUAAGCACUGUGAUAGCAAACUGCAAAGCACAGCCGAGCUGACCUCACACUUGAACAUUCACAAUGAGGAAUUCCAGAAGCGUGCCAAACGUCAGGAGAGGAGGAAACAGCUUUUGAGCAAGCAGAAAUAUGCAGAUGGUGCUUUUGCAGAUUUCAAACAAGAGAGGCCUUUUGGUCACUUAGAAGAGGUGCCAAAGAUCAAGGAGAGGAAAGUGGUGGGCUACAAAUGUAAAUUCUGUGUGGAAGUGCACCCAACGCUCCGAGCCAUCUGCAAUCACCUCCGAAAGCACGUCCAGUAUGGCAGUGUCCCAGCUGUGUCAGCUGCCGUGAAGGGGCUGCGUUCUCAUGAGAGGAGCCACCUGGCCCUGGCCAUGUUUACCCGCGAGGACAAGUACAGCUGCCAGUAUUGCUCCUUUGUUUCUGCUUUCAGGCACAAUUUGGAUCGCCAUAUGCAAACGCACCACGGACACCAUAAACCAUUCCGAUGCAAACUCUGCUCCUUCAAGUCCUCCUAUAACAGCCGGCUGAAAACACAUAUACUCAAAGCUCAUGCUGGUGAGCAUGCCUACAAGUGUUCUUGGUGCUCAUUCUCCACCAUGACAAUCAGCCAGCUGAAGGAACACUCUCUCAAGGUCCACGGAAAAGCCCUGACCCUUCCCAGGCCACGGAUCGUCAGUCUCCUCUCCUCACACUCCCACCACUCCUCCCAGAAAGCUACCCCAGCUGAAGAAGUGGAAGACUCCAACGAUUCAUCAUAUUCAGAACCCCCAGAUGUUCAGCAGCAGUUGAACCACUAUCAAUCAGCUGCCCUGGCAAGGAACAACAGCCGUGUUAGCCCUGUGCCUCUUUCUGGGGCUGCUGCUGGCACUGAGCAGAAAACCGAAGCCGUGCUUCACUGCGAAUUCUGUGAAUUCUCCUCCGGCUACAUCCAGAGCAUCAGGCGCCACUACCGGGACAAGCAUGGUGGGAAGAAGCUUUUCAAGUGCAAAGACUGCUCCUUUUACACAGGCUUUAAAUCUGCUUUUACUAUGCAUGUGGAAGCUGGGCACUCAGCGGUUCCCGAGGAGGGCCCCAAAGAUCUUCGCUGUCCUCUCUGCCUCUAUCACACCAAAUACAAGCGCAACAUGAUUGACCACAUCGUGCUGCACCGAGAAGAGCGCGUUGUCCCCAUUGAAGUUUGCCGGUCCAAACUGUCCAAAUACUUGCAGGGAGUAGUUUUCCGCUGUGAUAAGUGUACCUUCACCUGCUCCAGUGAUGAGAGCCUCCAGCAACAUAUAGAAAAGCACAAUGAACUGAAACCUUACAAAUGCCAGCUUUGCUACUAUGAGACCAAGCACACGGAGGAACUGGACAGCCACCUUCGGGAUGAGCAUAAGGUAAGCCGAAACUUUGAGCUGGUUGGACGGGUUAACUUGGAUCAGCUGGAACAGAUGAAGGAGAAAAUGGAGAGCUCCAGCAGCGAUGAUGAGGACAAGGAAGAAGAAAUGAACAGCAAGACUGAAGACAGAGAGCUAAUGAGAUUUUCUGACCACGGGGCUGCUAUUAACACUGAGAAGCGUUUUCCAUGUGAAUUUUGUGGACGGGCGUUUUCACAGGGCUCUGAGUGGGAAAGACAUGUGCUGAGACACGGCAUGGCAUUGAAUGACACCAAGCAGGUGAACAGAGAAGAAAUCCACCCAAAAGAGAUCAUGGAGAACAGUGUUAAAAUGCCCUCCAUAGAGGAAAAGGAAGAUGACGAGGCCAUUGGGAUAGACUUUUCCCUAAAGAAUGAAACAGUAGCCAUCUGUGUAGUAACUGCCGACAAAUCUCUCCUGGAGAAUGCAGAGACCAAAAAAGAAUAAGCGUUUGGUGAAGUCCUUAAUCAAACCUUACUUGAACAGUGAUGAAAAAGUGGGAGGGCUGGCUUGGGCUGAGAAGGGAGGGACAGAAAAGAGAAGACAGAACAAAGCUGCUUUUUAGGACUGAACAAUCUAUUUUCAAAGCACUGGUACCUGUGUGAGUGAGUAUGUAAAUUAAAGUUAUUUAAAUGGUUGGAAUAUGUGGCUCCUUUUCCAUCACUACAUCUUUUCUUCCGGAUCUUCAUCAUGGAAGUUUCAUUUGUUGCGGAAUAUGGAAGCACCUCCCAAGGGUACGGUGCACCCUGUGGUGGUCUUGGACAGUAUAUGGAAACAGAAGCUCCGUGACAGUAGAAGACUUCUCAUUGGGGAGCAACUUUUUGACGCACAACUUUUGGUGCGUUUUUCUAGUUUUAAUACCUUAAGCUUUUUCAAGACCUAACUGCAGCCGCUUUGGGAAAAAAACAAAAAACAGAAAACAAAAAAAAAAAAAA